AAAAAAAAUAGUGAGAUCCAAUUAACCUAUUCUAAGUUCUAACGAAAGAAACGUAGUACCAGUCAAGCUCAGAACUCCUUAAAUUAUACGUAAGCACAACAACAAAUUUGGAAUGUUCCAACUUAGCUGCUGUUUUGUCUUCAAAGUAGAAAAAGUGCACUGUUUUUCGCAGAAACUUAGUACACAACAAAACUUCCACACUUAGUUUCAACAACGCGCUCCGCUCACAAACAAAACACACAAUCAAUCUCAUUUUCAUUUUCUCUCUCUAAAUUCUUCUCCUUGCGGAAAAACCCGACAUGGCUUUCGGGUUCGGGUCAUCUGAGGAUGUUUCCGCUUUCAAAUUCUUGUUCAUCAUGGCGGUCGGGUACGGUCUCGUGUCGAUGUUGACAUACUCCGUUAUCCACAUGAAGUUCAUUGUUCCUCUUCACAACGAUGCUCCUCUCGAUCGAUUCUCUGAAGGCAGAGCCAUUCAACAUGUUCGUGUUUUGUCUCAUGAGAUCGAUGGACGUCACGAAGGACGUCCUGGUCUGAGAAAAGCUGCAGAAUACAUAAAGAGUGAGUUGGAAUUAAUAAAGGAGAGAGCUACCUCUAAUGUCAGAAUUGAGAUUGAAGAGAGUACUGUUAGUGGCUCCUUCAAUAUGAACUUUUUGCGUCACAAUAUAGCUUUGGGAUACAGAAAUCAUACUAAUAUUGUUAUGAGGAUAUCAUCUAUAGAUUCGAAAGAUACUGAUCCAUCGGUUUUAGUGAAUGGCCAUUUUGAUGGUCCCCUUGGUUCCCCCGGUGCUGGUGAUUGCGGUUCAUGUGUUGGUUGCUUCAAUGCUGGAAAUUGCAAGACUAAUUGUGGACUCCAGCUGGGUUCCGCACCACCCUGUUAUUUUCCUUUUUAACGGUGCCGAGGAACUUUUCAUGUUGGGUUCACAUGGGUUCAUGAAGACACAUAAAUGGCAUGACAUGAUAGGAGCUUUUAUAAACGUGGAGGCAUCUGGGACUGGAGGGCCUGAUUUAGUAUGCCAAUCUGGACCAAGUUCGUGGCCUUCUAAUAUCUAUGCAGAAGCAGCAAUAUACCCUAUGGCUACUAGUGCAGCUCAGGAUGUUUUUCCUAUUAUUCCUGGAGAUACAGAUUACCGGAUAUUUUCUGAAGACUACGGCAGUAUUCCCGGGCUUGAUAUCAUCUUCCUCCUUGGUGGUUAUUUUUACCAUACCUCCUAUGAUACAGUGGAGCAACUAUUACCCGGAAGCAUCCAAGCGCGUGGAGAAAAUUUGUUCAGUAUAAUCAAGGCAUUUACUGAUUCUUCUAAGUUACAAAACAGAUACCAAACAAAUUAUAGUGAAGUUAGAGCUAGCUUAUUCAACGAAGAGCGGGCUAUAUUCUUUGAUUAUCUCUCGUGGUUUAUGAUAUUUUAUUCCAAAAGGGUAGCUAAAAUUCUUCACAGCGUUCCUAUCUUCUUAUUCUUUGUUAUGUCUUUUACUCGUGGCUGGUCGAAUUCUUGUGUGGCAACUUUGUGUGAUUUUGUGAAAGGAUUUCUGUUCCAUGCAGUUGGGAUUAUAUUGGCAGUUAUUGUGCCUGUUGCAUUUUCUUUGCUGAGAUUACCGUUCUCUUCUCAGACAAUGAAUUGGUUUGCUCAUCCAUUCUUGGCUUUCAUUAUGUUUAUACCCUGCGCACUUGUUGGUCUUAUAAUUCCAAGAAUUAUCUGGAAAUGCUUUCCUCUUUCUCAAGAUGCUGCAAUUGUCAAGAGAUCAAAAGAGGCACUAUCCGAUGAAGCAAGGUUCUGGGGAGCAUUUGCAUUCUAUGCCGUUUUAACUUUGGCUUAUCUUGUAGCCGGGUUGAGUGGUGGUUUUGUGACUUUUGUUGCAUCUGCUUGCAUGCUUCCUUCAUGGAUAUCCUACUGCUUAUCAGUCAAAUCCUUCGGACGACGUUCGUUCAGGUCAACAAUAUUUUACCUAUUACCUCUGGUUCCAUGCCUCGCGUACGCUGUUUAUUUUGGUGGUUUUCUUGCUCAAUUUCUGAUAGAGAAGAUGGGCAUGAUGGGUUCUCUUCCUCUGCCAUAUGGGCACUAUGUUCCGGAUAUUAUCGUGGCUGCAAUUAUUGGACUUGUAACCGGUUGGUCCGUGGGCCCUAUUAUGCCCAUUUGUGGUCAUUGGUUAGCAAGGUCAUCUAUUGUGCGAUUUCUGCUGCAUCUCAGUGUGCUUGGUUUGGCGAUAUCUUCUCAGUUCUUUCCUUACUCCAUGUCUGCGCCUAAAAGAGUUGUUUUCCAGCAUACUUUCCGAACUGCAGGCUCAAGUCAGAUAACGGAAUCCACUUAUGAUUUGUCUGUACUAGAUUCUAACUCUUUACUAUUCAUUUUCAAACACUCCCCUGAAGUAGCAAAGAUCUUGAAUAUUACUCCAGAGUUUUUGUUUGAAUCUGCACCAUUGUCUGAACGCCACGAUUGGAUGGUAAUUUUUCCAGUUUCUUCCCUCUUCUCAAAUAGUUUGAAGUUCCCCGCAAAAGAGGAUGAAAUUUUGAAGCAGUAUGAAUUCUUUCCUACACUGACGGUUCAAAAUACAUCUUCGAAUUCUGAAAAGGGACAGAGAAGAGUUCACUUAGAGCUUUAUUUAGGUUCCUUAGAAGAGAUCUGGGUUGCCGUUCUUAACAUCACUGGUCCGUUAUCCAGUUGGUCAUUUGCCGAUAACGUGCUUCCAGGAACCGAAACUUAUGGCGGCGGUCCACAAUCCUAUAUACUGCGACUUAGUGGACCGAGUGAAGGGAACUGGUCCUUCUGGUUAGAGGCUAGCAGCUCUGAGGCAUUGAGAGUUGACCUUUCAGUUUUGGACCAAAAGUUGGUUGGUCCAGCAAAGACAUUGAAGAAUGCUUUCCCCAACUGGGUUGAUGUAGUUGGCUAUUCUAAUUUUCUUUCCACUUAUACAUUAUAAAAAGCUAAUUGUUUUCUGUGAUCAAAUUUGUAUAGGGUAGGCAUAGGAAUUGAUAGAAUAAUUUAGGAUUAGGAUUUUGAUGUCUAUGUUCAGAUUUUUAGAUGAAAGUGAGCUGGUAUUUAUUGAUGCAGAACUCUAACCGAAAUUCGAUGUUAUAGAAUCACUUAAGUAUCUACGGAAA